GAAGGAGAUGCGUGCCAAACUUGUGCCAACUUUCACCUCAGGAAAAAUUAAAGGAAUGUUCCCACUUAUGGUCGAGUGCAGCGAACAGUUUGACGAGAACCUGCAGGAAAUGGCUGACCGAAAUGAAAUUUUCGAAGCGAAAAUAUCAUCGGCUCCUGCAUUUUCGGGAUUAAUUGCAACACGAUCAAAGAACCGGAAAAUCAAUUCAGAGUCAUGGGAAAACGGUUGAUUGAGCUGAACUUGCUACAGGCUAUCAGAAUUGUGCUCGUAGUCUUUCUGCCUGAAGUCGCAAUGAAAUUCAAAAUAGGAGUUUUGGAUAAAGAAGUAACCAGGUUCUUUGAACAGCUGACAAAAGAUAUAGUCGACCAAAGGAAAAAGACUAAAACCGUCCGAAAAGACUUUAUGCAACUAUUAAUCGAACUAAAAGAAAAGGGCAGUGUCGCUAUCGAUGAUGACGACGAGGACAAACAUCUUAAAGAGGAGGAUGACCACCAAUCAAAGGAACCAUUCAGAUUCAAUGACAUUGAUUUGGCAGCGCAAGCAACCAUCUUUUUCCUGGCAGGGUUCGAGACCUCUUCCACGGUCAUGAGUUUUGCCCUUCUCGAGUUAGCUGUCAACCCUGACAUUCAGCGAAAAGCUCAGUUAGAGAUAGAUGAACAACUGGUCCAAUGCGGUGGAAAAAUCACAUAUGAAACUCUGAAAAAAAUGGAGUACCUCGAAUGGAUCCUCCAAGAGAGUAUGCGCAAGUACCCUCCAGUCGCGGUUCACAGUCGAGUAUGCACCAAAAAGUACACCAUGCCUGACACGAAUGUUUCCUUGGAAAAGGGCAUCAUUGUUACUAUUCCGAACCACGCGCUGCAGAACGACCCUAAAUUCUUCCCAAACCCUGACAGAUUUGACCCUGAGCGGUUCAGUGAAGAUGACAUACUGCGCAAGAAUCAGUACAUUUAUUCGCCGUUUGGAGAAGGACCCAGACAAUGCAUCGGAAACCGCUUUGCAAUGGUCCAGUCAAAACUGGCGCUGCUCACUUUCCUGCGCAAGUAUACCAUCAGCACCUGUGAAAAAACGCAGUUUCCAGUGCAAUUUGACGCCACGCAGUUCAUUAUAACUGCUAAAGCUGGAGUUUGGCUAAAAAUUCAGAAAAGAGAGUAAGUGUUUGUACAAAUUUAACCUCGCUUCUCCAUGGAGAUUUUAAAGAAGAAAUUUUCAUAGAAGCUCAAUUUUAUCAUAUAGUAUCUCUACGUACUCAAAACAAACAUCUACUGUAAACGACUGUAAACUGUAAUACUCUAUUUCAGUAAUUGAUGAUUGCAUUAAACGGUUAAGCAAUCAGUUAAAAUGUUUUUCAUUUUUAUACCAUGAAACAAACAUUUUUUCUCAAAUGUAUAUUGAACUGAAAAUUUUCGACAAUUUUUAAAUUCGUUUAUUUAAAUUGAAAUUCAAAACAUAUGUAUGUUAACAUUCGUAAUAAUUUUAUUAUCAGCUCUAAUAUUUCAGCUCCAAUAUAUGUAUUGAAUCGUUUAAAAAGGGCAUUUUUCCAAUAUGAGAGCGAUCUUAAAAUUAUUUAAAUAUUUUGCAUAUUUUUUACAUGAAUCCAUUUAGUCGUAGUAUAAAAUGCACUCAGACUUGCUGCUUGCUGGAUUCAAUCUUUGUCAUUCAAGAUUGUGCUUAAUGGGAUGAUUAGCAACUGCCCGCUCUUGUUUGUUUUGCACGAUGAUAAUGAAAUGGUUUUCCAGCUCGCAAUGACACAAAUGGUUAGCCAAAAAGAUAAAAUGCGUACUAAGCGAUCGGAAUAUAAUUUUUAUUAUUGGUUCGUUCGAUGAGGAAUUUGUGUAGCUGAAAUAAAAAAACUAUUGUCAUAAUA